AGCGGAGAAGGGGCGCGGCGCGGCGAUGUCCGCCCUGUACGGCAGCCUGAUGAGAUACCUAUUCCCAGCCCUGCUGCUGCACGGGCUGGGAGAAGGUUCUGCUCUUCUUCACCCGGACGGCAGGUCCCACCCUCGGUCCUUGGAGAAGAGUGCAUGGAGGGCUUUCAAGGAGUCACAGUGUCAUCAUAUGCUGAAACACCUUCACAAUGGAGCCCGGAUCACUGUGCAGAUGCCUCCCAAUAUUGAGGGGCACUGGGUCUCUACUGGCUGCGAAGUUAGAGCAGGUCCAGAGUUCAUCACAAGAUCUUACAGAUUCUACCACAAUAAUACAUUUAAGGCCUACCAGUUUUAUUACGGUGGCAAUCGCUGCACAAACCCUAUCUACACAUUAGUUAUACGUGGCAAAAUACGUCUCCGCCAAGCAUCCUGGAUCAUCCGAGGGGGUACAGAAGCUGAUUAUCAGCUACGCAACAUACAGAUCAUAUGCCACAAUGAAGCAGUAGCCAAAAAAUUAAGUGAGUUGGUGAACCAUACGUGUCCUGGAUUUAUACCAGAAGAUAGUCCCUGGGAGCAGGAUGUGAGCUAUGAUUUACUGAGAGAAGAGAAUGGCUGUGAAUGCACCAAAGCUCUGAAUUUUGCCAUGCAUGAACUCCAGCUGAUCCGCGUGGAGAAGCAGUACCUGCACCACAAUUUAGACCACCUUGUGGAGGAGCUAUUUCUCGGAGACGUUCAUACUGAUGCUACUCAGAGGAGGUACUAUCGGCCCUCUAGUUACCAACCUCCUCUUCAAAAUGCCAAGAACCAUGACCGCACGUGCAUCGCAUGCAGAAUCAUCUACCGUUCGGAUGAGCACCAUCCUCCCAUCUUACCCCCCAAGGCAGAUCUGACCAUAGGGCUACAUGGAGAGUGGGUGAGCCAGCGCUGCGAGGUGCGACCAGAAGUCCUCUUCCUCACUCGGCACUUCAUCUUCCAUGACAACAACAACACCUGGGAAGGUCACUACUACCACUACUCCGACCCCAUCUGCAAGCACCCCACCUUCACCAUCUAUGCUAAAGGACGCUACAGCCGGGGAGUGCACUCAUCCAAAGUCAUGGGUGGCACAGAGUUUGUGUUCAAAGUGAAUCACAUGAAGGUCACUCCCAUGGAUAUAUCCACAGCCUCGCUGCUCAAUGUCUUCAAUGGGAAUGAAUGCGGAGCACAGGGGUCCUGGCAAGUUGGGGUUCAGCAGGAUGUCACCCACACGAACGGCUGCAUCGCGCUCGGUAUCCGCCUACCUCACACCGAGUACGAGAUCUUCAAAAUGGAGCAGGAUGCCCGGGGCAGGUACUUGCUGUACAACGGCCAGAGACCAAGCGACGGGUCCAGCCCAGACCGACCAGAGAAAAGAGCCACUUCCUACCAGAUGCCUUUAAUUCAGUGUGCUUCUUCUGUACCCAGAUCUGAAGAGUCACCAGAGGAGAAUAAAAUAAGGCUGUAUAGCAGCAGGGCACCACAAAAAUAUCCCGGCACCUCAGCUCUUGCUUUGGUGUUUAUUUGUACUGUGUCAUAUUGGGACAUUCUCAGCUAGAAGUGGAAAAAACCCUUAUUUUUCAUGACUACAAAGCCAGGAUUCCACCAGACUGAGGGUUGUUUUUCUUCUGAAAGAAAGGAACAUUUAUUUUCUUGAUGCACUUGAAUGCCUGAGAACUGUUGUUCUUUUCCUUACUUCCCCCCUCCUCCUCGAAUCUCGAACGGCACUCGUUUGAUGUUUGUGCUUUGAACUUCAUCCAGUCUGAUCCCUGGCCUGACAUGACUGCACAAAAGUAAUUGCACUUUAGGACUGCAGAAUUCUGGGGGGAGGGAGGAGGUCUCCUUUUAUUAUUUUUUUUAACUGCUGGGGUGAACGUUAUGAUCCUGCUUCAGCCGUCUCUGCCAUCUUACCAUUGUGGUACUCUUCUCCCCAACACCCCGUUUCUCAUCAGAAUAUAGCUCUGGGGAAGGGCUCAGUAUUGUGCCAGUACUGUGAUAGCAGCUUCCCUCUCUGACUUCACAGCUCUGAUGUAGAUAUGUAUAUAAGGAGGAAACACACAAAGAUUUAUCUUGUCAUUAUCUCACAGCUCGUAACACACAAAGAAACAGCAAAGCAACAGCCCUCUGUUCAGAUAGUGCUAAACAGUUGAUACCUCUGAUGAAAAAAAUAGUCCAAGUAAUUUAAGCUAUUUUUACAAUCAUUAAGUUGUAAAAAUAACCAGUGGUUUAAAUAUUUCCUUUUUCUAUUUCCUUAGCUAUGUAAUUGCUUCAAGACCUCCCUUUGUUUCUAGUGAGUAGUUACAACCAAGCCGCCUUAAAGCCAGACAGAAGCAUUUCUGUCGGAUGCACACAGUGCAGGUAAGCUGCAAUACAAGGCUGCAGGGACGACUUACGUUUUCACAUUGCUGAGGCCUUACAAGCUCUGCCCAUGGUGUUUGUGCCUUGGAUUUGCUGUCAGUCAGGUGGGCAAAGUAAAAAAAUGAGUGGAGUCGUAACAUGCAACCCUAUUUAGACUGGCCCAGUCUUACCAGAGGAAGGAGCAAGAGUGGCACAAACACAGCCACAUCCUCCCUUUACUCCUUGUGGGACAGACUGAACAGACUAGGGAUAAUGUGGGCCCUCUCCGGAAGCUAUCAGGAGAACUGGCUACUCUGGAUUUGGAGAAGGCUGAGAGGAAAGGAUCAGGUUCAAGAUCAUCUUAGGAACCUGAACGUGCACAAGUCCAUGGGACCUGAUGAAAUCCAUCCGCAGGUCCUGAAGGAGCUGGCGAAUGAAGUUGCUAAGCCACUGUCCAUUAUGGCAGUCAGGUGAAGUUCCCAACAACUGGAAAAAGGGAAAUAUAACCCCCCAGGGAACUACAGACCAGUCAGUCUCAUCUCUGUGCCUGGCAAAAUCUUGGAGCAGUUUCUCCUGGAAAGCAUGCUAAGGCACAUGAAAAACACCGAGGUGGUUGGUGACAGCCAACAUGGCUUCACUAAGGGGAAAUCCUGCCUGACCAAUUUGGUGGCCUUCUAUGAUGGAGCCACGGAACUGAUGGACAGGGGCAGAGCAGUUGACGUCAUCUACCUGGACUUGUGCAAAGCAUUCGACACUGUCCUGCAUGACAUCCUUGUCUCUAAAUUGGAGAGACAUCAAUUUGAUGGAUGGACCACUCAGUGGAUAAAGAACUGGCUGGAUGGCUGCACGCGAAGAGUUGUGGUAAAUGGCUCAAUGUCCGGUUGGAAACCUGUAAUGAGUGGCGUCCCUCAGGGAUCGGUGUUGGGACCGGUCCUGUUCAACAUCUUUGUUGGCGACAUGGACAAUGGGAUUGAGUGCGCCCUCAGCAAGUUUGCCGAUGACACCAAGCUGUGUGGAUCGGUUGAUACGCUGGAGGGAAGGGAUGCCAUCCAGAGGGACCUUGACACGCUUGUGAGGUGGGCCGAUGCCAACCUUAUGAAGUUUAACCAAGCCAAGUGCAAGGUCCGAUACCUGGGUUGGACCAAUCCCAGGCACAGCUACAGGUUGGGCGGGAAGAGAUUCAGAGCAGCCCUGCAGAGAAGGACUUGGGGGUGUUGGCUGAUGAGAAACUGAACAUGAGCCAGCAGUAUGUGCUUGCAGCCCAGAAAGCCAACGUAUGCUGGGCUGCAUCAAAAGCAGCAUGACCAGCAGGUCAAAGGAGGUGAUCCUGCCCCUCUACUCUGCUCUCGUGAGACCUCACUUGGAGUACUGUGUACAGUUCUGGUGUCCUCAACAUAAAAAGGACAUGGAGCUGUUGGAGCGAGUCCAGAGGAGGGCCACGAGGAUGAUAAGGGGGCUGGAGCACCUCCCGUAUGAAGACAGGCGGAGAAAGUUGGGGCUGUUCAGCCUGGAGAAGAGAAGGCUGCGUGGAGACCUCAUAGCAGCCUUCCAGUAUCUGAAGGGGGCCUACAGGGAUGCUGGGGAGGGACAUGCAAGUUCAUAGAUGAACCAUGCUCCCCUGCUUUAACGGGGAACAAGCUGAGGGUAUGUCUUAACCUUGAGGCAUUUGGGUGGUGGCUUUUACUGACAUACACAUGUGUUUUGGCUCACAGGAGGAACAGGAAGCUGUGUAAGAAAUGUAAGGAGUAAGGUCAUAAUGUAUGAGCAAUCUUCAUCAGUAUGAGCAACUUCUAACUUCUCAUACGAGUACUGUGUGAGAAAAAAAGCCUUUAAUGUGUUAUUUUCAACAUCAUAGGAAAAGUAUGUCUUGAAUGAAGGUCCUUCAGCUUUACAUAGGUGAGUCUCCAUACCGUCUGCUAUAGCAAAAGCGCUCUUUGAAAACACAGUGACAGCAUGGACCUUGCUAGCAAAGCAGCAGAAAAAAGACAUUUCAGCAAUAAAUGGUUAUGCUUAGACUUCCCAUCUCCUCAAAGUCCAUACCUUCUUGACAGUUUUCCAACUUGGUAUCAGCCUCGGAUGUAAAUUUCCUCAGAGUUGGAACAAAAUCGGUUCACCUAAUUUUGAGACAGCAGGAGGAGGGAGAAGGAACAGUAUCAUAGACUCACUGCCAGGUCAGGUCACAUCUUCGACAUUGUUUCCUCAGACAGAUGAAAAGUCACAGAAAACUCAUUAAGAGUCAGGAACAAGGCUCACAAUGGCUCAGCAGUCACUGGAAGAAGUGUUCAACCAUCCACCUGAUAUCAGAUCCUCCUUCAGCCUGAUGGAAGAUGCUGAAAGCCGAUGCACCAUGAUGGAUCGACCCUUCAUGAACAACAGCUGCUCUGAUCAGCAUUUCUCAGUGGUUGUCUGCUCCACAGAGUCAAACCUACUUGAAGAGUCAGUUCUAGAUGAGUAGGUAGGGAGGCAUCAGAAGCACAGUUUUAACUGGAGGGUCAAAAAGGAAACACAACACCUCUGAAAGAGAAGCUAAGAACCAGAACGGAAUUUGGUUUUCUCUAGCUAUAGACUUGAGUUGUAUAUUCAGCAGACUGACACCAGCUUAUCUCCAGCUGAGUUACUGAGCUAUUACAGUCAAACAAGUGCCUUAAAUACAAGCUUUGCUUCUGACUUCUGUUUGAGACUGAGUGGCAUAUGACUUGAAUUCAUAUUAGCUUUUAUUCAUGAGGAUAGGUGUGGCGUGAUGUUCCUUAAAUUACACGAGACAAGCUUCUUCCACCAUUGUUAACCAUUCAUUCCCAUGUUAGGUGGUCCUAUCUCUGGAAAACUAUCAAUGGCUAGGAGUUGUCAGAACAGUUGUCACUGUUCCUUCUCUAUGCAAGUGCCACCACAACUCAGUCCCCGCUGAAAUCUGCCCAUGCUGGUGAUGCAGGAUGGAGCAACAGAACUGCUCUGCAGCACAAUGUUCUACAUUCAUCAAAGUAAAGAUCUACAGUUUAUUAGUGCGUGUGGCUCCUCUGCAAAUUGCCCAAUGCCAGAAAUAUUACAACAGUUUCAAGAGAAAGGACUGUCUAGUUCUUACCUGACUGGGCCCUCAUUUACUUUAUUUGUAGCAUUGCCCAGAAACAUAAUUUUAUGAUCUGGGUUCUUAGUGUAUGCUGCACCAGCUGUCCUCCAUGUGCCUGUAUAUUUUUUCUUUCUAUUAGCCAAUAUAAGUCAAGUUGGAAAAAGAUGGAAGUCCUCAGAGUGUAUAGUUUAUUUGCCAACCCAUGCUCUCUCCAAGGCUUCUCCUAGGUUACAGGCACAGAACUAGGAGCUAAGGUUCCUUGAUCCUCUGGUUUCAUCACACACUAAACUGCUGCACAGCACUGUCCACAUCUAUGACGCAGUAUAUUCCAUUCAUUUUAUUUCUCCAGCCUGACCUCAUGUGCUGGCAGGCCUGGCUUUUGAAGAAGUUGAGCUGCAAGUAGUUUAGCACCAGAAGACCUACAAACUGAGUGAUUUGUCCCAUUGCAGAAGCUUUAAAAACAAUAAAGAAACAAUUAAUGGUGGUAUCUUCAAGAACCACUAGUGUUGCCAGGACAGGUGGAAGUUUUUCGCUCAGUUAUAUCCUACUCAAGGAGCCACCUGACAGAAGGAAUGGUAACCUGAAAAAGUUGUUGGGCAAAUUGUUUUAACAGCUCCUAUUUAAGAAAUAAGACAAAAAGGAUCAGGAAAAAAAAAUAAACAAGUAUUCUUGCUCUGUUCCUAUAACGUUUACAUAUUGUGCCUGCUGCCCUGGGGUAGAAUGUCAUUUUUAUGAACAGAAGUCCGUAUUUUAAGAUAUGUCUGUCUUGCUUGAGUUGGAGUGUGCUUGCUUAAAGUGCAGGAUUUAAAAAAAAAAAACAAAAAAACCCACAACUUUUUAUUUUUGUAAAGUUAUAGAAAAUAUUUUUCCUCUUAAACUAUGUUCCAGAUUAAACUGCUGGGGAAGUUUAAGCACUUGUUAAACUAUUGAUUGAAAUAAAAAAGCCUAACUGAAAA